UUUCCUCCAAUAUACUUUAACGUAAUUAUUAUUCUACUCCCAUUCCCAUAUAUAUAAAUACAAUACAACAUCACACAUUGAUAUCUCUCUUCACUAGCUCAAUCUUUGGCGUUCGAUCCAUGCUAUUAAUUAUUAUCUAAUUAAUGGCAUCUCUCUUAAUUCUCAUUCUGCAAUUUCUUCUGGUUAUUUUCACUUACAUAUUCUAUGCAGCUACAACCGUGACAUGCGUACACCACCACCACGACAUUGCCUUCAAUCCACUGUCUUUAAAGAAGAACCACAGUUGGAUCGGACCGGUCGGUCGCCGUGUAAUCACAGUUGACGUUAACGGCGGUGGCCAGUUCCAGUGCGUCCAAGACGCCGUCAAUGCUGUGCCGGAAAACAAUAGAAUGAACGUCCUCAUUCAAAUCAGCGCCGGUUACUACAUAGAGAAGGUGGUGGUGCCGGCGACAAAGCCCUACAUUACAUUUCAGGGCGAGGGAAAGGGAGUGACGGUGAUUGAGUGGCAUGAUAGAGCAAGUGAUCCUGGUCCUAACGGACAACAGUUGCGAACUUACAGAACUGCUUCUGUAACAGUUUUUGCUAACUAUUUUUCUGCUAGGAAUAUCAGCUUCAAGAACACCGCACCUGCACCAAUGCCAGGGAUGCAGGGAUGGCAAGCGGCGGCGUUUCGAAUAUCGGGGGACAAAGCAUUCUUCUCCGGGUGUGGCUUCUACGGUGCGCAGGACACGCUUUGUGACGAUGCCGGCAGGCACUAUUUCAAGGAAUGCUAUAUUGAGGGCUCUAUUGAUUUCAUUUUUGGCAAUGGAAGGUCCAUGUACAAGGAUUGCCAGCUUCAUUCAAUAGCAACGAGGUUCGGUUCAAUAGCAGCACACGAUAGGAAGUAUCCAAACGAGAAGACAGGCUUCGCGUUCGUAAGGUGCAGGGUGACAGGUACAGGCCCAAUAUAUGUGGGCCGAGCAAUGGGCCAGUACUCCAGAAUUGUGUACUCCCACACAUACUUCGAUGAUAUAGUUGCACAUGGUGGUUGGGAUGAUUGGGACCAUGCCAACAACAAGAACAAGACUGUGUUCUUCGGAGUGUACAAGUGUUGGGGGCCUGGAGCAGGGGCUGUGCGUGGGGUCUCAUGGGCCAGAGAGUUAGAUUUUGAAUCGGCCCAUCCAUUUCUGGUUAAGAGCUUCGUUAAUGGAAGACACUGGAUAGCACCCUCAGAUGCUUAGAAAGAAAGAGGAAGAGAAGAAACAAUUUACUUUGUUGCCGUCCAUUCAAAACCAUUUUUACCUUUUUUUGCUAAUAAUUCAUUCAUUCAUUCUCCUUGUAGAGUCUUCGUGUGUUUUGUGACUUUUCAUUCAUUAUUCUUUAAUCUCAUUCAAAUGUAAUUAAUUAAUAAAACCCAAAAUAAUGAUGCAAUUUUUUCUUUUUA